CGCGGGGCCCUGGGUGGGGGUCCCCCCCCCGUUUGUCCGUCGUGCCGGGCUCCGUCCCCGUGUCACCGUGCCCUCGGCCACCCCUGCCCUCUCCCGCCCCCCCAGCUCCCAUCGCCACCUCCAGCACCAUCUUCCAGCUGGGCUUCGAGCGGGCGCUGCGGAAGCAGAACAAGGAGCAGGUGCCCCCGGCCGCAGCCCCGGAGCCGCCGCCGCGGAAGCAGCACCCGGGCAAGAGCGGGAAGAAGCCGUCGGGCAAUGCCACCGGCACCAAGGCGGGCAGGAGCCGCUCGCUGGAGGAGGCCCUGCGAGCUCUGGACCUGGCGGAUCUGCAGAAGGAGCUGGAGAAGAGCCGGAGUGUGUUCCCUGAGAACCCCUCGGUGUGGGUGAAGGACCUGGCCGGGUACCUCAACUACAAACUGCAGGCGCCCCGGAGCGACCCCGUGCUGAGCCAGCACCCCCACGACUAUCCGUACAGCCUGGCGAGCAAGGAGCUGAGGAGCAUCAUCCGGGGCCUGCUGGGGAGGGCGUCGGGGGUGCUGGAGCUCUUCUUCGACCACUGCAUCUACACCAUGCUGCAGGAGCUGGACAAGGCCCCGGGGGAGUCACUGCAUGGAUACAGGAUCUGCAUCCAGGCACUGCUCCUGGACAGGCCCCGGAUCGCCACCACCAACCUGGGCAAGUACCUGGAGGUGCUGCGCUCCCACCAGAACCGGCCGGCCAAGUGCCUGACCGUGCUCUGGGCACUGGGACAGGCCGGGUUCUCCGACCUCCACGAGGGCCUCAAAGUGUGGCUCAACGUGAUGCUGCCGGUGCUCGGCAUCAAGUCCCUCUCCCCGUACGCCGUGUCCUACCUGGACCGGCUGCUGAUGAUGCACCCCAACCUCACCAAAGGCUUCGGCAUGAUCGGCCCCAAGGAUUUCUUCCCGCUCCUGGACUUCGCCUUCAUGCCCAACAACUCGCUGUCACCCGGCCUGCAGGAGCAGCUGCGGCGCCUCUACCCCCGCCUGAAGGUGCUGGCGUUCGGCGCCCGGCCCGAGACAGCCCUGCACACCUACUUCCCCUCCUUCCUGUCCCGAGCCACGCCCGCCUGCCCACCCGCCAUGAAGGAGGAGCUCCUGACCUCCCUGAGCCAGUGCCUGAGCCUGGACCCGCUGAGCUUCAGCGUCUGGAGGCAGCUCUACACCAAGCACCUCGCUCAGUCCAGUUUGCUGCUGAACCACCUCCUGGAGUCCUGGGAGAGCUGUAGCAAGAAGGUGCGUCAGUCGCUGCAGGAAACCGUUCGCUCCUUCAAAGUGACCAACGAGGAGCUGGUGGGCAGAGGGGCCGGAGGGGGCCAGGACGUGGCCGCCUGUGACGCCGCCUGCAAGGAGCUGCUGCGCAAGAUGAAGGGCCGGGGCUUCCCCUGGUCCCAGCUGCUGCUCGUCCUCCUGGUCCUCACCACCGGCUUCUUCCUGCACGACGUGCGGACACACGGCUCCUUCCAGGCCUCCUCUUCCGCGCGGCUGCUCCGCUCCUCGGGCGUCCUGCCCGCCUCCCAGCUGGCCUGGCAGAAGGUGUCCCACGGCUGCCUCCAGGGCUACAGGUGGCUGGAGCACAGCCUGGCCCACCACGGUUCUGCAGCCGUGUCCGUCCUGCGGCCGCAGCUGGAGCUGCUCUGGGAUACGGGGGGCGAGGUGGCCCAGGAUGUGUCCCAGCAGUGCUGCUCCCUGCUCUCGUGGCUCCAGGGCAGCCUGCCCUGGCUCAGCGAGUGGGUGCAGACCCGGCUCCCCGAGUCCCUGCUGCACUUGGCCGAGUGCGUGCGGGAGCUGCUGCUGUUCCUGGUGCGGAGCUGCCUGGUGCCGCUGCUGCAGGGCCUGGCCUCGGUGCUGCAGCAGGGCUGGCAGCGCUGCCUCGACUCCUGCAACGGGGACGUGACGUGGGAGUGCGUGAGGGACCACCUGACGAGUUUCACCUAUUCUUCUUGGAUUUACCUGCAAAACACAACCCUGGCCCUCAAAAACUGGGCCCUGGCCAUGAUUUCUGGACACUGAGCUGCUUCCUGGAGAAGGUCGCGCCGCCGUCUCUCCCGACGUUCCGGCUGCCAAGGGGUAUCCCAGUGCAGCUGGAUGGGGGAUGGAGACGUUGAGGGCAAUGCCCACAGGAACUUUGGGUCAAGUCGGGGCUUUUGGGGGAGGUUUAUUUUCUGGGGGGCUGGGGAGACACACAUACAGGUUUUUUCCUCACCCUGUGACUGCUUUGGCUUUCCCUGUCCCUCUGUCUGUCCCUGGUGGGUGAUCCCCGUCCCCUCGUGCUUUGCCUGCUUGCAGGAUCAGGGGUGGACACCCGGAGCCCCCCACCCACCCCCACACCCCACCCCUUCCCCCUGGUAAAUGAACUGAUUUAUUUUAUUAUUUUUUCCUUA